UGGCGGUCCCGCCUUGCUGCCGGGUUCACUUGGUUGUGACUUGCAAUCCGAGGCCCGGUGAGCCGGGGCUUCGCCAUGGCGCUCUGGAACCGGCCCCCUCCUUCCAUAUGCCUCCUUCUCUCGCUGAUAUUUGCCGCUUUGUGUCGAGCUGGCGAGGUCAAGUACGGCUGCGAUGCCGAUCCCCGGCUUCAAUGUCGGCAUGAAUGGGCUGACUGGGAACAGGUAUGCCCCGGCGUUGUACAGCGGCGACUUUGGGAACUGUCUGGCCGGUCAGAGUCCGUUUACCAUUACCGAACUCGACAUUCUCUACGAUGCUGGUAACAAGACGCUUGUCUUCCACGUCAAUGGCACUAGUGCCUUCGAGGACGAGCCUCUUUUGGUGCAUUUAUCCAUUGACGCAUACGGCAGCCGCCGUUUCGACGCAACUGUUGAUCCAUGCAGCUCUAACAUCACCAGUCUCUGCCCCCCAAAAUUGAGCGUUCCUAUCACAGCGCGCGGCGUGCUUCCAGUCGGCGACGACCUGUCAGUUGACGAGCUGCCGAACGCUGUCUUCCAGGCUGCGGACUUUGAGGGCUCUGCGAGGCUGCAGAUCUAUGCCAGAACUUCCGGGACCGAACUUGGAUGCUUCCAAGCCGCCCUGACCAACGGCAAGACCCUCUCACACCCCGUGAUCAUUGCACCCAUCCUUGGUGCCUUCACGCUGAUAGCCAUCGCCGCCUCCUUCAUCACUGCCGCGUAUGGCGUCAGUAUCCCGCACAUGAGAAUGCACCAUGCUCACUCCCUCCCUGUCUUCGUGGUCUUCGAAACCUUCCAGGCUAUCUUCUUCUCGGGGGCGCUCGAGGUCAGUUGGCCUUCGGUGCUCACGGCUUGGUGGUCCAACUUUGCCUGGUCCGCGGGCCUCAUCUAUAGCCAUGCCAUGUUUCGGUCGAUCGACAUCUUCGCCGGCGUGACCAGCAAUGCCAGCCAAAUCGGUGACCUAAGCUCACUGGAGACGAACACUGGCAAUGGGUCCGGUUCCCGGCUCUUUGCCCCGUCUACUGUCCAAGAAACGUCACAGUCUGUCGGUCAGGGGACCUAUAACUCCAGCUUCUUGACCGACUACACAUGGUCCAGGGGCCCGGUGGCGCCAGGAAUGCCUCUUCCGGGCACCUGGUCUGGCUUUCCCUCGGUUUUGUCGGCCGUCGACAUCCCCAUCGUUGAUGCAUUCAUGGUUGGACUGGUCUGGCUUCUGAUAGCCAUCGGCCUCGUUGCCUUGACCGUCGGCAGCCUCAAGAUCUCACUCGACGGACUUGCACGCGCGGGGCGGAUGAAAGAAGACCGGCUGGCUUAUUUCCGCAGCCACUGGGCCGGCUAUCUUGGCCAUGCCAUGCUGCGGACCCUCGUCAUCGCCUUCUUCCCCGUCAUGACACUCGCGAUGCUACAGUUCACGAUUCGGGUAUCGGCUGGCGCCAUCGCCGUAGCUGCGGUUGUGUUUGUUGUCGUCCUCGUCGGGAUCCUGUCUCUAGUCGCCAGCGCCUGCCGAGCCCGCACUCGAGACGGGAAGACCGUCAUCGUUCCCGACCGAAUUGUGUUCUAUCGCGGGGCAAUCCGCCCGAGUUUCCGGCGUAUCGGGGUGGUCUGGGACAGCACGCUGCGAAAACACGCGUUAGAUGUUCGGCCAUUGCUCAGCGUACCCCUUUUCCGGAUCCGGCACGACAACACCGACCCAGACCGUCCGACAGUCCACAUGGAUAAACCGUUUAUCAAGAAGUUCGGCUCGUUCUCGGCAAGAUACCGCCGCACACGUUGGUGGUAUCUAGCGUACCAUGUGGGAUAUCUAUUCUGCCGUGCGGCCUUCCUGGGGGCUGGCUGGCAGAGCCCUCGCGCGCAGGUCUCCGGCGUUCUGGUCACCGACGUGGUAAACUUCGGCAUCGGCAUCAUCCUGAAUCCUUUCGAGGGAGCCCGCAAUACGGCCAUGGCCGUCUGGAUGCUCGGGGUCUGCAAGAUCAUCACAACGGCCCUGUCCAUUGCCUUCCUCCCCGAGUUGGAUCUUGCGCGGUCCACAGCCGCCACCCUCGGACUAGUCAUCAUCGCUGUCCAAGGUCUGACGGUGGCUGCACUGCUGGUCCUGAUCGUCCUCAGCGCCGUCUCAUCAUGCAUGUCUCUGACACGCAACCGCGAGGAGAUCCACCCAGACUGGCUCGAGCCUGCUCGGGUCCGCUACUUCGAAAAGAUGGAGAAAAGAGCGCGAGACGCACGCUUUGAAGAGGAGACGCCUGAACCUGCCCCUCCGACGCCGCGCUUUUCCGUGAUCUCGGUCCGACGCAAGCCUAAAAUCGAAGACGAGGACGAAGGCGACGAAGGCGACGAUGCGACCGGGACCGGCCAGCCUCCCGCCCGCGGCCGUGAUCGUCACAGUCGCACCAGCAGCGCCGGCCUGCGGCUGAGCACGGGAAGUCUGCCGCGGACGGCUCGGCCAUACCGCGCGUCGUGGUCGUCGAGGGACUUCGGCGACCCAUCGCUCAGUCGGCCGAGCAGCGUCGUCGCACAACGGCUCAGCGGCGCCACUUGCGUGGUCGUCACAGACUGCGACGCGUCGAACAAUUCGUCGGUGGCGUUGGUCCGGCCACAGAGCAGUCUGUGGAGCUUGAACACGCCGUCAGCCAGCAGAGCCUCGAGUCCCAGUCCGGUGAGACUGUCGCGCGAGACCGUGAUGACGACUGCCGAUGGACGGAGACCUCCGACGGCGCUGCCAGAGGAUCCGGAACCGCAAGAUCAGAUCUAGAUUGGCCCCAUUUCACCUGUCGCAUCUAUCCUGUCAAAGCCAUUGUAAUUUUUAAUCCAAGCAUGUUCGUUCUGUUCUUACAAGCGUCCUCUUCGCUUCGCCAGUCAACCUACAAGAGGUAUCAGGGGGUAGUUUUAUCUCCGUUCCGGCUGUUCUCGGCCGAGUUGGUAAGACGUUGAACGGUUCCACACACAGUACCUGGAGUUAUUCCGUGCAAGCCU